GCCACAACUGCACCUCGCGCCUCUGCGACCCAGCUGCCUUAUUCGCCACUGGGCAGUCAAAAAUCCUCCCACGGUUCCACCCGCUUACCUGGCUUCCGCAACACCCAAACUCCGAAGCAUCCCUCGAGCGAAAAAUUUCGCACACCUGAACCUGAGCGGCCGCUACACAGCAAAGUUCAUCGCACUCAACCAACAACACGGCCCUGCCGAUCUACCAAAAUACCACAAUCAAGUCCGAUACGCGACAAAGCGUUGUUUAUGUAUCAGCACGACCAGGACGCCGUCUUCCGACACACUCCCCCGCUCGAGCUGCGUCCGUUCCGCAUAGCGUGGAGACCUCGCUGUCCCAAUAUCAGUUCUGACGGUUGAAGGAUCCUCCGGCUCGUCGUCUUUCAGCGUUAAUGCAUGCCUCCGACUGCCAUCAGGUCUACCCUAUGUCAACGCCGCCUCUAAAGUCCCAUUGACGCCGCCCCGUCUCGCUCCGCCCUUCUCGAUCGUCCCGCGCCCAGUCUGCUCUGCUAGGCCAUUCUGGACUUCCUCCACGUUCCAGGACGCCCGAUCCAACUGCUUCGGCCCGCCACAACCUGACAGCACACAAGUUCUCGAGCUCUGAACACCGCAACCAUGGCUUCUCUGAUCAACGUCCGCCGCGAUGUCAGCGACCCUUUCUAUCGCUACAAGAUGGAGCGCCUUCAGACCAAGAUCGAAGGCAAGGGUAACGGCAUCAAGACGGUCGUUGUCAACUUGAGCGGCGUCGCUCAGUCCCUGGCUCGCCCUGGAUCUUACCUGAUCAAGUACUUCGGCUUCGAACUUGGUGCACAGACCAAUCUCGACCCCCCCGAUGACCGCUGGAUCAUCAACGGCGCGCACGAGGCCAGUAAGCUCCAGGAGCUCCUGGACGGCUUUAUUACCAAGUUCGUCCUCUGCAAGAAGUGCAAGAACCCGGAGACGGACGUCCAUAUCAAGGACGGUCGUAUCCUGCUCGACUGCAAGGCCUGCGGACAGCGCUCCGAAGUCGACCUGCGCCUGAAGCUCAGCGGCUUCAUCCUGAAGAACGUGCCCAAGAAGACCAAGAAGGACAAGGCCGAGCGUCGGGCCGCUCGCAAGGCCAAGCAGAACGGCAAGGCCGAUGCCGAGAACGGUUCCGGAGGCGAUGACAACGCCUCAGAUCACGCCUCCCCCACCGCCGACGACAAGGGCAUCGAGAGCGGCGACGACGCCCUGACGCGCAAGAUUAAGGCCGAGGCGCAGGGUCUCGAGACCGCCAAGGUCGAGGUCAAGGACGACGAGUGGGCUGUGGACAUGAGCGCCGAAGCCGUCAAGGCUCGCCAGCAGCAACUCCCUGGCGAGUUCAAGCAGAAGCUCGUUCUGAACGGCGAGGAUGAGGACGAGGAGGGCGAGGGCGGUGGCAACACCGUCUACGACCAGCUGGGUACCUGGAUCCAGGAGCAGGCCGAGCAGAAGGGCGGCGUUGACGAUGUUGACGACAUCGACAUCUACCUCAAGGCGAAGGAGCUUGGCAUCGAGACCAAGCAUCGCACCAUUCUCGUCUUGGUGCAGACCAUCUUUAACGAGAACAUCUGCGCCCAGAUUGGCAAGCGUGCCGGUAUGCUGAAGAGGCUCGUCUCGUCUGAGCGUCACGAGAAGGCCCUCCUUGGCGGCACCGAGCGUCUCAUCGGCCAUCUUGGUGGCGAUCAUCCGGAGAUGUACGACAAGAUCGUCAAGAUCCUCCAGCUCUACUACCACCACGAUCUCAUCUCGGAGGAGGUCGUCACCAAGUGGGGCUCCAAGGCAUCCAAGAAGUACGUCGACUUGGCCACCUCCAAGAAGGUCCGCAAGGCUGCUGAGCCCUUCCUCACUUGGCUCGCCGAGGCCGAGGAGGAAUCCGAUGAGGAGGAGUAACGGGUGGGCCUUACGCGAUGGUGGUUCAGGAGCCGCCAGCCCUUGUCGGGUAUGCGCUCGAUAGUGGUUGAUUUUCAGAUUGGUAUCCCACUAUUCUUAUGCUUGCGGGAGGAGAGGGAGAAAAAAAUUGCGUUUCUGUCGACGGGCUUAAUCCUUUGUCCGCUGUCUUCCAGCAAAUGUCCCGGUGUUGAAACUCCGACUUGCGGCUUGGAUGCUCCCUGGAAAAUGGGUUUGCUUAGUGCAGUUAUGAUAGCUCGUUUGAUGCUUGCCCCGAGCACUGGACUUACGAUGCAGUUCAACGCCACUCAAUUAAAUCCGCGUUGUCUUUAA